AAAUCCAAUACCAAUAUCGUACGGAUUCUCUCUAGAAGGUGAAACUUUGUUUGUUGAAAAAGACAAAGUCACAAUCACACGUCUACUCGUGUUAAUCUAAAAAUUCAGCUGAAAGGUGAGACAAAACCAUAAUUCAGAGAGAGAGAUCAACAACACUACCCAAAAAAAAUAAAAAAAAAUGUACGUAGAUCACGCAUUCUCGAUUUCCGAUGAGGACAUGAUGAUGGAAACAUCCUAUACCGCCAACAACAAACCACCGAUCAAGGAGAUCGCACUCGCCGUUGCUCUUCUCGUCUUCGGAACCCUAGGUAUCAUCAUCGGUUCUCUCAUGGCUUAUAAUCAUGUCGGCGGCGACACUGCUCACGGUCUUUUCUUUGCUAUACUGGGAUCAAUCUUGUUCAUACCGGGUUUCUACUAUACGCGGAUUGCAUAUUAUGCUUACAAGGGAUACAAAGGGUUCUCUUUCUCUAACAUACCACCUGUAUAGUAUUAUCAAGUAGCAUCCUUGUGUAUAGAUCUUCUAUGAUUCCACUUUUGUUUUGCCAUACGUCUAAUGUAUAUUUACAUUGACUACAAAUGCUCUGAACAAAUAUAUUUACAGCUGCUAAGGUUUGUUAUUGCUCUAUAGAAUGAAGAAUCAAUCUUCCUGCUUUGAAAUAUUUUUACUGUUUUCAUUACCUGAUUGUGAUAGCCCAAUUUGCUUUAUAAGGUAAUUUCUUUUAUGCAA